AUGAUCAAGUUUCUCUUGGUCGUGUGUUUAAUUGGAUUCGUCGUGUCCCAAAAUGACACGAUAUACGACGAAGGCACCAUCUGUAAGUUGUGUUCCUGUGACAAGGAUGUAAAUCCUGUGCGAAUCGUCUGCACUAACGUCAACUUCAAUCGCGUGUGGACCCAGGCGACGUGGGAAUCGGGUGGGGAACUGGAAUUGAUCAUGGAUCAGAACGAGAUUCCAGUGAUAGAGCCUUGGGCAAAGUUGCCCAUUGUCUCCCUCUCUAUGAGAUAUUGCAAGGUCCAAAAGAUCCAACCUAAAGCGUUCCAGAAUCUGGUAUCUCUCAGGAGACUGGACCUGAGCCACAAUAGUCUAAGUAUGGAUGGCUUCAACCGAGAGAGCUUCAUUGGACCGGAUUCGCUCCUGUCCGGAUUGAUGGGUUGGGACUUACUCCCCCUGGAACUUGUGGAUCUCUCUCACAAUCAUUUGCAUGCCAUCGACAAAGACGCCUUUGAACACCUUGAUACGGUCAAAGAACUUCGACUCGAUUACAAUCCUUUGAGGAACAUCGAUCAUCAGACGGCCAUAGCUGUCACUUCUAUCCACAACCUCGAAACCCUGAAUUUGGCAGCUACAGAAUUGAAAAGCCUCCCCCACGCCUUCUUCGACGGCUUUCAAAACCUGAAGACUGUGAUCCUCGCUGAAAACCAAUUCACCAAGAUCCCCGAGGAAUUGUCUUCCUGUCGAGAGCUCCACAAUCUGAAUAUGAAUAUGAAUCCCAUCACCUCCCUGAACGCAGGGGAAUUCAAGGGCCUGGAGAGUCUGGUCACCCUCAACAUGAGCAAGAUGCUCGACCUGAGAUUCCUGUACUUGAAUGGCAACGACAUCAAGUUCCUGCCAAAGAAUCUGGUGGAAUGGGACAAGCUGAAAGUCUUGGACAUUCAGAAAAAUCCUUACCGAUGCGACUGCCGAAAUGCCUGGAUGAAGGGCCUCAUAGAGAUGCUGAUGAAGAAAGACAUGAGCAGGACUUUUGACAUCACAUGCGGCUCGCCGGAUGACGUAAAGAAGCGAGAUCUCGACUUCUACUACAACGACAAAGACAUGGAGACCCCUUGCAACAUCCCCGACGACGGCCGACUGGACCACCACCAGCAACGCGUGGUCGACGCCAAAUCGAGCGGGGGAGCCGUCGUGGCCCUGGUCAUCAUCGCCCUCCUCAUCAUCAUCCUCUCCUCGGCCGGCAUGAUUUAUUUCAUGUACAGCAAGAAACGACCAUACACCAACUCCUACACCUCCGGCCAUCACGUGAAAUACACCCGGGCCGAGGAGGAUGAAGGGAUCGAAAAAGCCCCCGUCAGUCUUUGAGCCGUUGGGACUCAUUCUGAGUGAUCUCUCCUCCUCCGUGAUCAUGAAAAUCCAGUGAAAUCAAGCACAUAUCUUCAUCGGCUGAAAAUGAAUAUUCUAUUUCUAAAUAAAAUGGUAAAGUACGACA